AUGGGCAUCUGGCCUUUCCUUCGCCAUGUCGCGUCGGACUUUGUCCCACACGUGCAGGUGUACGGGCUUUGGGACUUCCUCACCCAGUGGCGCGACCAGGCCGUGGUCGGUCACCUGAAGAAUUUUUCGCCGAGCAGCGUCGUCGUCUAUCUACUCUUGGCGGUCUUUCUAAUGUGGAACCUGGGGAACGUGCUCGAGCCUCACCGUUGCUUCUUCUGCCGCGAUGGCGUGCUGUCGACCAUGUCCGCUGAGAGGGUGGUUACGUUGGACGGAGACUUGAUCCAACACGUCCAAGCCUUCCUGGACAUCCGCGACAAGGAUGCGGCGUGGACGUGGCUGACGUAUGUCGUAUCUGGUGUUGUGCUAGACGACAGUUCGGACUUGCGAAAGAGUAAUUAUAUGCCUGGGCAAGUGCAGCUUCGGGCCCAGAUCGUGAAAGACAAGUCGCACGACCAGUGCAUCCACAAGGAAUAUCUCAGUGAUAGCAUCACGUGCGCAGCUCAUUAUUACGAGUCCAGCAGUGCAUUUAAGAGCACGCUUCCAGGCUUGGAUACGUACUGGGCCAACUUGUCAGGGCUUGCCGGCCGAGGCGAUAGCAACCCAAGCCGGUACGUGGAUGAGGCGCCAGGAGACACAGCUAGGAUCGAGGGUUUGCAGCAGAUGUACGACACCUCUGGCUACAUCGUGGAAUACGAUAUGCAGGGUUCACCCUUGAGUGAAGUUCGGCAAGCGUAUUUGGCAGACAUGGAAGAGUUGAAAGGUUCGUGGCUCAAUGACCAGACGCGUGCCAUCCACGUUUCGUUCGUGCUGUAUAACGGAAAUUACGACUAUUGGGUAUCGAACCAUUUUCUCUUGGAGAUGCCCCCGAAUGGUGUCGUUAUUCCUUCUGUAGACCCGCAGGUAUUCAAACCUAUCGCGCUGGAUUACGGGGAUGGCGUUGAAACAUUCGUCCUCGAUACAUGUCUCUUGAUACUUGCUGUUUUCUAUGUGAGUGUUUGGCAGUUCCUUGCCCACUACAGGGCGACCAUGAGAUAUAACCAGGAGUUGCGGACCGAGAUCGAUAAACAGGAAAAGGCAAACAGAGAGAGAGGCCGCAAAGAAAUGCUGCCUCCUGAGAUCUGUCAGUUCAAACCUAGCUGGUUCAAGCUCGAGGAAAAAAAGAAGGAGAAGACGCUGUGGCACAUUGUUCUCCAUGGGAAUGUUGUCAUAGACACGGGUGUAACCGCUUUACUCAUAGCUACUUACGUUAUGCGCUACGUCGUUCCAUGGGUCAUGUACGGCAGUACGGCGCGCUACCGUGAGCAGGCGAAACAAGGAUUGAUUGAUUCCGAGUCUGAGGCAUCUAUGUUCUCCUGGGCUGUUAUAUUGCAGUCGCUCGUAAUAUCUGGUGUUAUCUGGAGAUGGUACGGCUUCUUGAAACUGAAUCGCUACGUUUUCCUCAUUUACAAAACAAUCAGCACAGUUGUUGCCACGUAUUCGAAGUUUGGCAUGAUCAUGGUGCCAAUGCUGUUGACCUUCGUCUUCUUCGCCCACCAGAUAUGGAGGCCGUACGCCAUCGAGUACAAGUCGUUCUUGUCCAGCCUGGCUUCGUACCUGGUGCGCCUGGUGGGUGACAAGGAAUCAGCGCGGAUGGCAGAUGUGGAGCGCCCCAUCACGGUGUUCUUCUCCGUCAGUAGCUUCUUCGUCGUGAAGCUGGUGCUCAUACAGAGCUGGAUCGCAAGCCUGGUGCAGACCUACCAGCGGGUGCGCGUCACGUCUGGCUACAAGCCGGAGGAUAAGGAGCGGAGGCUGGAGCAGCGGCUGUUCGGAUUGGCGCGUGCAUGGACCAUGCAGGGUUCCCACCGCGACCGCCUCCACUUCUUCCUGGCGAUGGGCGAUGUCAACCUCUUACGGCGCGCCUUCCUCCGCGGGAUCGGCUGCGACGCCGCGAACCAGAGCCGACUGUCAUGCCAACGCGUGGUGGCAGUUAUUCUGGAGCAUGACAGAAAUCUCAACGGGGCGACCGACGCGGUUUUCGAAGGCCACUCGCACGGCAUCAGCAAUAGAUGGGGCUUUCAUCUCCACCGCCGCGCGCGCCCUCCUGCACAACGACGUCCCUUGCGCUUCACCUUCAAGCUGAAACGCUACUCGUACCACUAUGAGAACCUCUUGAACACGUCCACGGUCGCGCGCAUGGGCGUCGAAGGCCGCUGGCGGGCGACCGAACUCCUCAUGCGGGAGGGCGCGAGGCUGACGCGCAACGAGGCCAAGCAGUGCCGCAACGACGACCUCUCCGACUUCGCCCGGCACGGUCUAGAUGUCUGCAUUGGCCUUGAUACCACGCUCGCCAUGCAGUGGCGAGUUGCUGCCCAGAAGUGGUGGGCGCGCGUGCAUCUCCAGGCUGCCGGCGGCGCUGCGAUGGACAGUGCCUGUGUUGUCAUAUUUCGUUUUUGCCGUCGAUCGCAAAAUAUCCCGCGGUACGAGAUCUCUGCGCUGCACAAGGUGGCCCUCCCGCUCACCACGCCCGCGCCUGGCGUGCACGUGCGCGCCCUGGAGCAGCUGGCGGUGCUUGGCAUCGUCCUGGUCGCCCUCCUUGUGUGGUUCCUGCCGUGGUUCUGCAUACAGCGCAGGUGGUGCACCCGCUGGUUCCAGCGGUGGCUGUCUCGGAGGCUGGGGCUCUACUUCGUCUUCGCCCUGGCCGUGAACCUCGCCUUCGCCACGUGCGUGAUGGCGAGCCUGCCGGACCUGAGCGUCAACGACCUCUUUUUCGCGUUCGUGCACUUGGUCGGCGCUCUCUCCGACCAGCUGGAGAUUAUCCUGAAGCAG